CAGUCGCAGUCGCAGUUCGUCGCAGUCAGUCGCAGUGGUAACACGAACGAGAGGGUAGUUGCACGCGCCUGCCUUCGAAAGGAAAGAUCGCGGUGAGAGAAGAGAGGCGAGAACCGAGAGAGCGAGAGCGAGCGAGGGAGCGAGAGGUGGUGAGGAUCACGAUUCACGAGCGGAAAAGAGAGAAAAGAAGGGAGAGAGAGAGAGAGCGGAAACGGAGCGGAUGAGACUCUAGAAGCGCGCGCGCCCCUUGCCUUCGUUUUCAGUGUUUCGGUCUCGCGCGACGAAUCGACUUCUUGGACGGCUGAGUCAGUUCCACUCGGUCGAAGUGACAAGGCAGCCGAACAACGCGCGACACGAAUCAUCGUCACGUCGUCCCGGUCGUCGGUAGUCGAAGAAAGAGAGAGAGGGAGAGAGAGAGAAAGAGGAUCGCGACGGAGAGAAGGAAGUGGAGGUGGAGAAACGAACGAACGAAAGCUCGGUCGAAGACCAAGCGACUGUACGAGUAACGAGCGUAAGAGUGGAGUGACUACGGAAACCGCUCGUCGACACGAACAACCGCAUAGCACAAACUACACGCGUUAGACGGUGGGAAGGUACAGUGGGGGAUAUCGGGAAGGCCAUUUUCGUUGCCGGUGCGCGAUACGCACGACGUAGACACGAACCGGCGUGUGCCUCCCGGCGCGAAGAGGAACGUGCGACUGACUACUAUCACACACCGCGCCGUCGUCGCGGCCCACGUUUUCACGUCCACAAGAGGGGACCGGAGAGCUGAUUACGGCUUGCUUGCGAAGCGGAAAAGGUAACGAUCAUUCGAAACCAAGCCGACAACGUUCGUUAUCUUCCGCGCGGUGCGUCGAAUUUCUCUUUGAGUUUUUUUACGCGUACGUAGCGUCGCGACGUUAAAGAUCAUCACGCUCGACCCUAAUCGGUGGGAAGUUAAUCCUCGUCGCGUUAUCACCAUCGUCGUCGUCGUCGUCGUCGUCAUCCUCGUCAAGGCGACGCGAAUAAUUCCGCUCGUUUGUUCGAUAGAGAGAAGACGACGGAAGAGAUAGAAAGAGAGAGAGAGGAAAGACCGACGUGAAUAUACGGUGAACACUCGAAUAGCGCGGAGAGACCCUAGUGCAACGUUUUCAACCAUCAUCGACAAUUGUCGUUGUCAACGUUUUAUCCGGUGUCGCACGAUAUACGGGAAUUUGUAAUCGAUCGAAAUGCCAACGAGUUUGUUCAGCGAGAUGGAUCGCGGCACGAACGGCGGCGGUGCCGGCGUCUCCUUUGAAGAUCAGCGCGCCCUUCAGCUCGCCUUCGAGCUGUCGAUGCUCGGUAUCCCGGAGGGUUCGUCUGGAUGCCCCGGCACCGGUACCGGCAACGGCACCACCAAUGAUCCGGAUCCGCUACAGACCGCACCAGCCGUCUUCGAGGAGGCGCGUUCUAAGAAGAGCCAGAACAUGACCGAGUGCGUGCCGGUGCCCAGCAGCGAACACGUGGCAGAGAUCGUCGGCCGACAGGGCUGCAAGAUCAAGGCCCUCCGAGCAAAGACGAAUACCUAUAUCAAGACACCAGUGCGCGGUGAAGAACCCGUCUUUGUCGUCACCGGUCGCAAGGAGGACGUGGCCCGUGCGAAGCGUGAGAUUCUUUCCGCCGCGGAACAUUUCUCACAGAUUCGCGCGUCGCGCAAAAGCUCCUUGGGAGCUCUUCUGGGUGCGCCACCCGGACCACCCGCGACGGUGCCCGGUCACAUAACGAUUCAGGUACGAGUGCCCUACAGAGUAGUGGGUCUGGUCGUAGGCCCUAAGGGUGCGACCAUCAAACGAAUUCAGCAUCAGACGCAUACCUAUAUCGUGACGCCUAGUCGCGACAAGGAGCCUGUGUUCGAAGUGACGGGAUUACCGGAAAGCGUGGAAGCGGCCAGACGCGAAAUACAGGCUCACAUUACCCUGCGAACCGGCACUGCACCCGGCGUUGUCGAUGAUACUGAUCUGCUGGGCGUACUCUGCCGCGGCGGUCUCGGCUCUGUUCUCGGUAUUCAAAGUAUGGACCAACCGGGAUCGAACAGCUCCAGCAGUUCUAAUGGAGCGUUUUCGAGCAGUGCCAGCUGCAGCAGCUCGUCCAGCAGCACCGGUGGAAUAGGGAUGAACGACCUCGUCGCUAUUUGGAACGGGAUAGAGAGGGACGAAGGAAUUGGCGAGUCGCCGUCAUUCGAAUCGCAGCCGACCUCGACAUCGUCAAUCUGGUCGUUCCCGAGCGUCGCGCUACCCUCGAGGCCGUCGCCGCCGGCGACGGCGAGCCCGGCGUCGCCCACGGAUUCGCUUUUGGGCGGCGCACGACGGGACUGCGUCGUUUGCGGCGAGAAGGAAGUCACCGCGGCGUUGGUACCCUGCGGACACAAUCUCUUCUGCAUGGACUGCGGUAAUCGGGUCUGCGAAAAUCAGGAUCCAAGCUGCCCGGUAUGCUCCAGACCA